AUGGUGGACUUAAACACAGCAAGAAAGCAGUCAACUGUAUGUGGUGAGGGCAAUUCCAUCGACACAGUUCGGAGCUCUUUGAAUGUCUCUGGAUCGAAGCAGUGCUCGUCCGUUUGUGUCCAGCGGCCUGGAUUUAGACAUCACAGAGAAGAGAAAUAUGCGUGUCAUUCUCCUGCAUCCCAGCAGAGCUCAGACAGUGGAGAGGAAGGUCUUCAGUUUAAGAAACUGUAUGGCUCACCCAGCGAGUCUCCCAAUCACCAGAAUCUCCAUAAGGAGCUUCUACUCGGCCAUAUGAAAGGUCUGUUGUUGGAAGAGAAACCAGAAUUGCAUUGUGUAUUACAGCAGAGGAGACUUGACCUGAAUAGGGAAGAGGAACUCGCCCUCCAACCUCCUUCUGACCUGGAACAGGAGCUCCGCAAGAGACAGCAGAAACUACAGGAGUAUGAGAUGGAGGAACAGAGGCGUAUAGAAGACCAGAAGAAUGUUCCAGAAUUUGUACGAGUGAAAGAAAAUCUGCGACGCAUACAGAUUAUUGAACAAAACGACUGA